AUGUCCUCACGUAAAGGCUCAGUUGACAGUUUUAAUGAAUUUUUUGGUGAAACAAAAACUAAUAAUGAUAAUAAUGAAAAAAAACAAAAAGAAGAUGAUAUAUCACCAUCAGCAGCCGUUGAAAAUCUUAUCAGAAUUCAACCUGCUAUUCAUCAUCCACAAACAGCUUCAGAUACAAUAUCUAAUAAGAAUAAUGAAAAUAUACCAUCGACAAAAAAUAUUAACAAAACAUCAGCAUCCUUAUCAUCUAAAUCAAAACAUAUUGAUUCGUCUCAAUCAAAACCUAUUGAUUCACCUCAAUCAAAAGCCUAUGAAUCAGAUUUUGAUGAUGAUAAAGAACAUGAAAAUGUUAUUACAAAUAUAGAUAAUAAUAAAAAGUAUAUUUCACCAUUACCACAAAAACAACAUUCACCUGAAACUACUCAUCAUAUGAAUAAUUCAAAAUUAAAAUCUUCAUAUAGAAUAACUAAUCAUAAUAUACGACUUAAAGAAAAAUUGUUACCUUAUAUUCGUCCACCAAAAAAUCGAAAAAAUAUAAUAAAACGUCCUCCAAAAAACAACAAAAAUGAAAUUGAAAUACGUUUAUUAUCAGCUCACAAUAAUAAACUUAAACAACUUCAAUCUUGUAUAGCUGAAUUAAGNGGGUCAGGAAAAAUAUUCACAGGGCAGGGCAGGAUCAGGUUACAAAAAAUUUACAGGGCAGGUUACAGGUUAUAA